CUCGUACCGAUAGUCUCAAAAAUCCAACAGAGUAACCAGAUUACAAUUCUCAGCUCAACGCAAACAUGACUUCAAUUAAAGGUCCAGGAGCCGCGCAGGUACACAACGGCUCGGGUCUCAGAGUUGCAAUCGUUCACGCGCGGUGGAACAUGGAAAUAAUCGGCCCUCUUGUUGACGGGGCCAAACGAAGCCUCCUAUCAGCCGGAGUUCUGGAGGAGAAUAUAUCACUGCAUACCGUUCCAGGCAGCUACGAGUUGCCCUAUGCCGCGCAGCGGAUAUAUGCCGCCUCGCAGAUUCAAGCUGCUAGAAGCUCGGCUUCCGCUCAGGCCAUCAGCGCCACGGACUUGCUUUCUUCUUCGUCUGCAGACCUUGCAAACCAAUCUACUCAACCGCCAUCUACCGAUACGCCCCAGCCAUUCGAUGCCAUAAUAGCGAUAGGUGUUUUGAUCAAAGGGGAAACUAUGCAUUUCGAAUACAUUGCCGAUGCUGUUACUCACGGAUUGAUGCGCGUCCAGCUGGAGACGGGCGUGCCUGUCAUAUUUGGUGUACUUACUGUACUGAACGAGGAACAAGGACUUGAAAGAGCCGGUUUGGGCAAAAAGGGCAUGCAUAACCAUGGCGAAGAUUGGGGCAAUGCAGCCGUCGAACUCGGAGCAAAGAGAAGAGACUGGGCUGAAGGAAGAAACGUUUAGGGUGGAUCAAGCGGUUACUCAAGGCAUAUGGCCCGAAAUGGAAAGAACCUCUUCCUGUUCUUGAUCGAGGGUAACAAUCGAUGAAUAUCUUAGCAGAUGAAGCCUUAUUUACUAGAUCGAUGUCAAGGAAGGGCCAUCCCAUUUAUCGUGAUAGGUUGAGAUAUCGAAGACAAGCCGUCAAUCCUCGCGGAGUUCGCCUACUUAUCUAUUGAUUUGGAACCUGAAAACCUCACUCUUGCAUGCGUUCGUUGUCGACAGCGUCGCCCUUCGCCGCAUCAUCUUCCUCGUCAUCUCCCUCGAGAGCCGCUUUUGCCGCCCGCUCGGCUUCUUCCAGCAGCUCCUUGGGUACCUCUUCGUGUCUUCCUUGCGUUGGACCAUCUAGUG